AUGGGUAAGCGUGGCGUUGAUUCAGCGUCAAAAGCUCCUCUUGCAUCAGGGAGCAAACCGGACGCGAAGAAAGUUCGCACGACGGAGCCAGCGGCUGUUGUGACCGAUGAGUUCACGGCUGAAGCCACUAGGAAAGUGCCUUCUCUCCAUGAUACGGAAAUAAAUUCUAAAUCUACAAAGGAUUCUACCAAGUCUGAGGGAGACGGGACCGAAUCUUCGAUACCUGCUGAAGCGGCAGAAACUCUGCAACUCUCGCACUCAGUGCGCCACCAAGUAGCCAUUCCAGCCGGCUACGACUACUUGCCGCUUUCAAAACAUGUCCCGCGCGAUCCACCAUCACGCUCGUGGCCAUUCGAGCUGGAUCCAUUCCAGCGCACGUCUGUCUAUUGUAUUGAGCGAAGUGAGAGUGUUCUAGUUUCGGCACACACGUCAGCUGGUAAGACGAUCGUCGCCGAGUAUGCGAUUGCGCAGGCGCUGCGUGAUGGUCAGCGUGUUGUUUACACGUCGCCAAUCAAGGCUCUAUCAAAUCAAAAGUAUCGUGAGUUUUCCGCCGAGUUCGGCGACGUAGGGCUUAUGACCGGCGAUGUCACGAUCAAUCCUAGUGCAUCAUGCCUUGUGAUGACGACAGAGAUUCUCCGCUCCAUGCUAUACCGUGGCUCUGAAAUCAUGCGUGAAGUGGCCUGGGUUGUGUUUGAUGAAAUCCACUACAUGCGCGAUAAGGAGCGAGGUGUCGUCUGGGAAGAGACUAUCAUUUUGCUUCCACGCAAAGUGCACUACGUAUUUCUGUCCGCCACCAUCCCAAAUGCAAUGCAAUUUGCCGAGUGGAUUGCACACAUUCAUGCACAACCAUGCCAUGUCGUGUAUACCGAUUUUCGGCCUACACCACUGCAGCACUACUUGUUCCCCGAGGGUGGCCAGGGAAUCCACCUUGUGGUUGAUGAAAAAGGUGUGUUCCGUGAAGACAACUUCCAAAAGGCGAUGGGUGCCCUUUCCGAAGUUCGGGGUGAUGAUCCUGCUAGCACAGAAUCCGGAAAAGGCCGCAAAGGCCAAUCAAAGAAGGGCGGCGGUACGUCUGGUCCAUCGGACAUCUACAAGAUCAUCAAAAUGAUCAUGCUCAAGCAGUACAAUCCUGUGAUUGUGUUUGCAUUCAGCAAGCGGCAAUGUGAGGCCCUCGCUUUGCAGAUGUGCAAGCUUGAGUUUAACACAGAUGACGAGAAGGAGAUGGUAUCGACCGUGUUUCGCAAUGCGAUUGACGCUUUGAGCGAGGAUGAUCGCAACCUGCCUCAGAUUGAGCAGAUCCUGCCGUUACUUCGCCGAGGUAUUGGAAUCCAUCAUGGUGGUCUGCUUCCCAUUCUCAAAGAGGUGAUUGAAAUCUUGUUUCAGGAGGGACUCCUCAAGGUGCUUUUUGCCACAGAGACUUUUAGUAUUGGACUCAACAUGCCUGCCAAAACCGUUGUAUUUACGGCUGUACGUAAAUGGGACGGCAAUGAGUUCCGUAACUUGUCAUCGGGUGAGUUUAUUCAAAUGAGUGGGCGUGCCGGACGUCGUGGCCUGGACGAUCGUGGCAUUGUGAUCAUGAUGUUUGACGAAAAACUCGAACCAUCAGCGGCGAAACUCAUGGUCAAAGGUGAGGCUGAUCGGUUGAACAGUGCCUUCCAUCUCGGCUACAACAUGAUUCUGAACCUUAUGCGUGUAGAAGGCAUUUCGCCCGAGUACAUGUUGACGAAUUGUUUUUUCCAAUUCCAACAGGCCGCAUCUGUACCGGAACUUGAAUCCAAGCUCGCCGAUGCCGAGGAACGCCGCGACGCUAUCCACGUGCCGGACGAGGACGACAUCGCCGCCUACUAUACUAUGCACAAGACACUCGCACAGCUGGACGAUGAUCGGCGCGAAGUUCUUCGACACCCGAGUUAUGCGCUGCCAUUCCUUCAAGCUGGUCGUCUUGUGAAUGUGCGGCAUGAAGACGUCGAUUUUGGCUGGGCCAUUGUUGUCGCGUACCACAAACGCAUGCCUCCCAAGGGUCAGGAAUUUGAUCCCCGUGCGCCGCCACACAGCCUAUACGUUUUGGAUGUAUUACUCCAUUGUGCUGCUGGGACUAUCGUGCCGAAGCAGCGGGAAUCUGCGCCGUCAUUUUCAGGCAUAGAGCCGCCUGCGAAAGGCAGCCAUGGAAACGGGGAAUGGCUUGUUGUGCCAAUCCUUUUGUCACACGUCGAGGAACUCAGUGGGAUCCGCGUGUUUUUGCCGAAGGACCUUCGACUUCGCGAUGCGCGCGCUCAGGUCGGGAAGAACCUUGCCGAGGUCUGCCGACGCUUCCCGUCAGGUCUGCCGCUCUUGGAUCCUGUCAAGGACAUGAAGAUUGAUGACGUGUCGUUCCAGCAACUUCUUGGCAAGAUGGAGAUCCUGCAGUCGAAAAUGAAACAGGCUCCGAUUACUCAGGACAAGCCACGCUUUGAGGAGUUGUUUGCGCUAUACAAGACAAAGCAGGCAGCUGCCGACCAGGUCAAGUCGAUUCAGGACCAAAUUCAUGUUGCUCACAAUGUGCUUCAGCUUGACGAGCUAAAGUGCCGUCGACGUGUGCUUCGUCGCUUGGGCUUUACAUCGUCCGAGGAUAUUGUGGAGAAGAAAGGCCGCGUCGCCUGUGAAAUUAGCACAGGUGACGAGCUGUUGCUAACGGAGCUCAUGUUUAACGGCACUUUCAACGAACUUUUGCCUGAACACUGUGCGGCGCUUCUUUCCUGCUUCGUAUUUGGCGAGCGCAGCGAGCACCCUGUUCGUCUCAAGGAGGACCUUGCUGCGCCCUUGCGCAUCUUGCAGGAUACUGCGCGGCGUAUUGCAAAAGUGUCGGUAGAAUGCCGCCUUCCAGUGGUCGAGCAGGAGUAUGUGCAAAGUUUCAAGGUUGAGUUGAUGGAUGCUGUUCUUCAAUGGUGUCAAGGUGCACGCUUCGCAGACAUUUGCAAAAUGACAGAUGUGUUUGAGGGCUCCAUUAUCCGAGCUUUUCGGCGUCUGCAAGAACUGCUGCGCCAAAUGGCCAUGGCGGCCAAGGCUAUUGGGAAUGACGAGCUUGUUCACAAGUUUGAGCAGGCCCUCGUCAAGCUGGAGCGCCCGAACUCGAUCAUCUUCAGUCCCUCGCUCUAUCUGUAG